GGGGAGUAGUACGUCUAGUCCCCCCCCCGAAUUUAACUUUUUCAGAUUCUCCCUUUCUUGCCGUCGCCUCCGCACCUUCUAUCGGAGGCAGCGGGAUGCAGAAAGGGAGACAGCUCGUCCGAUUGUGGAUCCCCUCGCCUGGAGCUGAGAAGGAAAACGAGAUGGGAGGAGCUUGAAGCCUCUGAGAUACAGCAAGAUACCCAAUGCAGUAAAAGCUCUCGACGCGAGCGGAAGCCGGCGGCACACAAUGCAGCACUGAGGCGGUGGCGAGGAGGCGCCUCUCCCGCUAGCAGCAGCAGCAGCAGCAGCCUGGCCGUAGGAGCGCCCUUCUUCUCCCUCUCGCAAAUCGCCUUGUGAUCCUCGCUUCUCGCGGGCAGCUCACCUUCCUCUCCCGCCACUUCUCCCAAGAGGCAGCCAUGCACAUCGCGACUCCUCUGCUCUCCUUGAUGUUCUGGACCGUCGGAAUGCGCUCGGAAGCUCGCUGCGGCCGCUCAGGAGACACCUUGUUGACUGAGAUGGAGAGAAAGGCUGCGGAUCGCUUCAGGGAAAAACAGAAGAGCGUCCCUUUUCGGCUCCUCUAUAGUGCCAGUGAAGGCAACGAAACUCCUCACGACCUGCUCGACACUCGCAUCGGCCAUAGCUCUGUUGGGAAGCAGUCAACUCAUAUUGCUAGAGUCAGCUUCCAGGUUGAUGCUUUUGGAUCUUCUUUCAUCCUAGAUAUAGAAUUAAAUCAGUAAGUAUAUAAAUAUAUUCAUUUUAUUUGA